AUGGAGUCGCUCCAGCCAGGUCACAAGCCUAGCCUAGUGAUGAUACUCGCCUGUCUCGGUGACAUUCACGCCGAGCGUCAUCACAAAUUGAAGCGAAAGGCUGACCUCGACGAGGCUGUUUGGGCGACUCGACUCGCCCUCAGCAUCUCCUCCGCCGACCACCCUAUCACCCCCACCCUCCUGAAUAAUCUCGCCAACGGGCUCUGGCGACGCUACCAAUCCACCGGUCAAAAGGAAGACUUGAACCAAGCGUUGUUUUACGGCCUCCAGGCGUCGCACUCAGCUUCACGGGAGGAUGCCGAGCAGGCCGCCGUAUUGGGCACUUUGAGUGCCAUUCGCGCUAGUCUCUACAUCUGUCGGGGCGAUUUCCAAGACCUGCAAGAGGCCAUAUCGAUUACGCGCCGUUCAAUCCGUAUCGCGACCCGAUGUGCCGAGACCGCUCCUAUGUUCCUGUUCAACAACCUAGGCGUAUAUCUAUGGAUGCAACAUUGUAUUACUAGCCGGAGAGAAGAUUUGGACAAAUCCGUUGUCGCAUUCGGCAAUGCUCUCGAGUGUUCAACAGACAACAGCGUCGAUCGGAUGACUUGUCUUAUCAAUUCCGGUCAGGUCCUGAACCAGCGAUACCACCGCACUGGGCAACUGGAAGAUUUGAGCCAAGCUUUGAAGAAUGCUCAAGAGUCGAUGCGUCUGGAUCCGCAAAAUGAAGAUUUGACCACUUUCCUGAAAUGUCUGGACCAUUCUCUCGACCGCCGUGGCGGGCCUAUGUCCCCAUUGGACCGGCUUAGAAGCCUAUGGAUUGCGAGACGCGAGCUAAGGAAGUUUGUGAUGCCGUUAACUAUUUUCAUCAUGAUUGUCACGCUUUAUGUCUACCUUCCCAGGACGGAUAUCUUGUUCUCCAUAUUCGCUUUCCCGAGUGGUAUUAUCUAUCAUUGGAUGACCAGUCAGAGACCCACAGCUGAACAGAGGAUAUCUAUGGAAAGGAAAUCAGGGCUGAUUACGUCGAUGAGAGAGAACCUAUGUCCUCCAGGCGGAUUUCACGAUUAUACUCCCAAGGUAUUGGCAGCGCCGUUAAUACCGGUGCCAUUUGCCUCGUCACUCCGAGGAAUCCAAAUAUCAGACUUCUCCGCACACCCGUCUCUAUUGCACAGUCAGCGACGGCGGUCAAUACACUCAGUGACGUCCGAGUGGGUGGCUAAAAGCCAGUCUUUGAGCAUUCACCCCAGAAAGAGGGAUGAAAAGGUACAUAAGAGCAGACAUCGUGGACACCGGCUCGUGUCUUCUCCUCGUGGGGGCAACAAUGAGAUCUCGAGUAUUGCCGUCAAUAUACCGACUGCUUUUGCCCAAUGCGAGCUGCCAGAGGAUUCUCUCCCUUCAUUUGUGCAAAACACAAGAUCGCAAGUUGAAGUUGAGCUUUCGCGGAAUGAAAUAGACUCCAGCCGCGGAAAGCAAGAAACUCAUGUGGCUUCUGUGUUGCGGAAUGACAGCAGCGUGCGGCGAUUCGUCGGUGAUGAUUCCGGGUAUGGAUCAUCGAGCGCUAGACGUGGCGAGGGUAUGAAUAUAGAAUAUGAUCGCGAACACCAGAGUGUUAUCUCCAAUGAUGAGCAACAUCAUCAACCAAAUGCCUGCCCCAGUAGGUACUCCCAGCUCGGGAUUAUCCAAAACACCAAGCCGCCCGAGCGCAUUUCGUCUCCCCUGGAUACUUUGCAGAGGCCCUGGGUCGAGCCAGGAGGCGAAUACUCCGAGCACAGGAUAUGGGACGUACAGGACUUACCCCCCCGGGAAGCAGAAAAGGGGCAAGUCGGUGUCGUCGUUCAUCAGGGACACACGAAACUUGAAAUGGGUACGAAUAGUGGAGUCGCCAUGGGCAAUAUUACCAGCACGCGAACGAAUGUCGUGGGAUAUGCUAAAUCUGAAGAUCCCCAGUUUUGGCGUCAAAAUGCCUAUACCGAGCAGAUGCCGAGCAUGGGUCAAUCCGACAACGUCCAGAGUGAGAUCAUCUUGCAAGAAAAGGAAGUUCGGCUUGUUCCUGCGCCAGAUGCCGCCGAGUUGCAGGACUCUGUUUGUGCAGAUCAAUUGAUUUAUGAUAUAGAAGGGCAGGUACAAGUACCCCUGGCGCCCAUAGUUGAGGACAUGGUGCAUAUCCAGGUUCCUCAGGUUGUAGAAGUAGGUGAUGAGGAUCCUGUAUUCUUUGAGCAGGAGGAUGACAAUAUAGAUCUGGUGGACCAACUGGCGAGGCAGUAUCUGGAGAGUUCCACCCUGUCAAUAUGA